CACUUUUGUCUCAUUAUCAUUAACGGCAAAGAUGUCAGAUUCUCAGCAGCCAGGCAGUUCGGUACCAGCUGGGAAUAAGCCCGAUACAGGGUUUGUUCCUGGAGAUGAUACAUUUACGCAAUGGCGCAAUGUCUUCUCGAUCCUGAUGGGAAAGAUGACGGACGAAGGAAUGGAGCAGUUCCGUGUUGCGCGAGAUCUUCGUAAUGAAUCUGCAGAUUGCAAGCGAUGUGAAGAGCAAAGAGACUAUCUAUUACAGUUUAGUCCUGUCGUCCGCUACUUGAGUGACAAUAUUCGGCAGCUGGGAGGCGAUUUAUCAAGUCACAAUAUCUAUUGCCGUCGAUGUACGAAUAGGAAAGCAGGCGGGUUUGAUCCCGAAUAUGGCAUCUUACUCUGCGCAAACGAAAUGAAGGAUCAGGGUCAUCUGGAGGAUACAAUGGCUCACGAGAUGGUUCAUGCCUAUGAUCACCUAAGAUUCAAGGUUGAUUGGACGAAUAACCUUAGGCAUGCAGCUUGCACAGAAAUUCGAGCCAGCUCCCUGAGUGGUGAAUGUCGGUGGGCGCGUGAGUUCUUCCGACGAGGCCAGUGGAAACUGACUCAACAACACCAAGAAUGCGUGAGACGAAGGGCUAUUUUGUCAGUCUCAGCACGGCCCGGAUGCAAGGAUAAAGAACAUGCUGAGAAGGUUGUAAAUGAAGUGUGGGACAGCUGCUUUAGGGAUACCCGACCAUUCGACGAAAUUUACCGAUGAAACCAUUCCAUGUAUAUACAAUCUCCCUUCUCUACCUACCUCAUUCGGUUUGCUUAGUGGCGCAAAAGGCAGUUUCAAUUGUAUUAUAAUGUAUCAUAUCGAGGACGCUGAGCUGAUGACAUAUUCUGAACACCUUGGGUUCAAUGCUAAAAACAAUAAUGACUUGAUAAACAAAAUUUCCGGGAACACCAGUUCAACUCCCUACUAAGAAACGCCUAUAAGGAAGCAGAUUAAAAUGAACCAAAUGACAGUCUAACACCAA